GACAGAAGGGAUUGCAUGACUGAAAGGCACCGCCUCUGAGACUGAUAAAGCAGCUGCUAAUGCCAAAGCAACCCAUCUCUGACCAUUUUCCUGAUCUUCCUUUCAUAUCUAAGAGGAGUAGCUGAUUCUGAGCCCAUGUGGGUGUUGGAGCAGAUCCGUGUGUCAGUGGAGAAGAACAGCCUUGCAUUUCCUGCAACAGAAUACAGCUUCAGACUUGCAGACAUGUUUGGUGAGAAAACUGACCCAGAGAAGAGGAAAAAGAUCUCAUUAUGUCCUAAUAUCAUCACUCCGAACACCAUUCCUGAGUUCUGCAUCCCGCCUAAGAUUACAUCUCAACAAGAGCAGAAGACAGUGGAUUGGAGUAAGCAUGUUCCUGUAGUGAAAGGUUCUUCUCCUGAGACUGAUGGCCUUGAGCAGGAGGCACCAGCAAGAGAAAUGAUGAACACUCACAUAAUUCAAGUGGAAAAUGUGGAUGAGGCAUCUUAUGAUGGCUUCAGUGAUGAGGACAGCACCAACGUAGACCCCCAGAGUCAAGCCGCACUUUCUCUUCCUCACCUUGCCAAAGCUCAGACCUCCUAUGGCUUCUGCACCUUACUGGAAAGCCCUCACACCAGAAGAAAGGAGUCCCUGUUCCACAGUGACCCCAACUCAUGCGGAAUCCCAUUAGUAGCAGCCCGAGGUAGAUCAAGCACUUACUCAAGAUCCGCCCACACUGCCUCAUACAAUCUCAACAAAAUUACCUCCAGACUUUCCCCCCGAGUGGUAGCAUUGCACAGGCAGAGCACUUUGGACAGUGACACCACCUCCUCUACUGACUCAUCCCCCUUCAGUUCCCCUCUACUGGCAAGACCUCUGGCCAAAUCCUGCCUCCUCAAGGCCCUGAGUCAUGAGAGGCUGCUGUCUAGGGCAGCAAAAAAAGCUGUACUCUCCAGGAACAAUUCUCUUUCCACAGAUGAGUGUAGCUCCACAGACAAUAGCCCCAAUAUUGUCAGGAGGGCUUCAGAGGGCUUGGUGGAGACCUUGCCCAAUACCUUCAGCUUGGCCCCUCCCGCCAUCUUCCCCAUGGACUUGGUGAUGUACAGAGAGAGAGUGCUGAAAGAGUGUCUGAUUACAGUGGGUAGGGAAGGUACCUUACGACUCUCGGCUGAGUACUGUUCAGACAACCAGAGACUUAGAGUGAGGCUUAUCAGUGCAGAGGGACUGUAUAGUAUGUCUGUGGACCCUAAGAGCAUCAACUGUAAUAUUAGUGUAUGUCUUUUGCCAGGAAAGGUCCAGAAGCAAAGAAGCACAGUCAUCAAGAAAAGUCGUAAUCCCAUCUUUAACGAGGACUUCUUCUUUGAUGGCAUUUGUGCAGGAGAAAUCAGCAUUAGGUCUCUGCGAUUUAAAGUGGUGAAUAAGAUGUCGACAAUGAAAAGAGACUAUAUUUUGGGGGACUGUGAGAUUUUGCUUAAUAGUGUAUUGAGCAAGUCUAUUUGA